AUGAAGACCAUCAACAGCGUUGAUAGACACUUCACAAACAAGAGAAGUUAUUUCUUCGCAGUUAGGGUGUCGUGCAGAGCAUCUCGAGGAAAAGCGUUUGGCAUCAACUUUGCAGUCGCGCAAAGGCAAGAUGCAUUCAUUGUCGAAGGUGACAGUGUAACAAACGAGAGAAAUGCUAGAAUGGUUGGGGCUGACGAAGCCGUUCGGAAUCAAUACCCAUUUAUGGUGGCUGUAAUGAAACACAGUGAUGCAGUAACAGAUGAAUAUUCUCUGUAUUGUGGAGCUUCUUUGAUCAGUUCGACUCAAAUCCUGACGGCUGCCCAUUGCGUAAAUGAUGUCGAAACUAACAAGGUGUUGGGUCCCGAGUGGUUUAUCGUGCUGCUUGGAAUGCACUUCAUGAACGAAUCGAUGAACGAUGCCCAAGUGACCAAACGAGUGAUUAAGGUCAUGGUCCAUGAAGAAUUUGAUUCAAUAAGUCACUUUAACGACAUCGCCAUCUUGACAAUGGAGACGUCUGUGGUUUUCACGUCAACCAUUUCACCCGUUUGUCUGCCACCGAAUGGCUCCAGUGACCAAUAUUUUAACAGAAUUGCCAUUGCACAAGGAUGGGGACGUACCCAAGAGAAGGGGAAAAAUUCCGAUUUUCUCCGUCACGUUGGUAUACGCAUUAUUUCCAACACAUUAUGCAGGAAGAGUUACAUGGAAGAAGGAAAAAUUGCUGAUCAUAUGCUUUGCACCUGGUUGUCUGGCAAAGACGCUUGUCAGAAUGACAGCGGUGGUCCAUUGAUAAUUGCAGGCGAACAUCAGAAAUGCUCAUGGAUUCAGGUCGGAAUCGUCAGUUUUGGACGUGGAUGUGCAAGGAGAUUUCCUGGGGUUUACACGAGACUGACGUCAUUUUUGCCUUGGUUAAACAGACAUUUGAAAGUGUGAAUGAGAAAGAGAACUGUUUAGUAGCUCCUUAUUAGUUAGCACAACCAAAUUUGUGUC